AUGAUGUUUAUGGUUGGGAAUUUAGAUGCCGGUCACGCAAAUGUUGCACAGCAGGAGCAGCUAGCAAAUCAAUGCAAAUGGGAAAUAUUGAAUAAUUCUACCGGCGAGCGUGUUACCGCAGCAGAGAAGCGAAGAGGAGGCGAUGCAUUUAAAUUUGUGUGUACAAUAUUUGCGCCAUUUGCUGGCACUCGUUCCGUACUUGCGGCAAUUGAACGAGCAGCGAACAUCGGCUUUAAGGAACGUGAUUUCGAUAAAAUUCAUGAACUUACGUUAGAAUGUAAUAGCACGAGUAACAACACCGCAGAUUUGUUACAUUUUCACGCGAAUAAUAACAUUAACGCCGUCGAUAAUAGUGCCGAAGUCGUCGAUAUUGCCUUCGAAAGCAUCGGUAAACGACUACCCAAUUUGCGGGAAAUCCAUUUUACGCGAUGUCAGGUGAAACGAUUGCCCGAUUUGAUGUUUCACGGGUACUUUAGGGAGACAUUAACUACCCUAACUAUUCAAUCUGACGCCUCAAAAAGUUCCCAAACGACAAAUUUAGAACUCUAUAGCGGCACAUUCAAAGGAUUAGAUCGAUUGCGACAUUUAAAUCUGGCCUAUAACAACAUCUGGAGCGUACCUUCAUAUAUUUUCUGUAUGACGCCAUCGCUUGAACACUUGAAUUUAUCACACAAUAGUCUCACGGAACUCACACAACUCGAAUUUGGUACAAACUCUAAUUGUACUCAUCAGUUAAAAAUGUUGGAUGUGUCGUUUAACAAAAUAAUCUACAUCGCGUCGAAUGAUUUAACGUCCCUAACUCAUUUAAAGACGUUUUUUGCUUCGAAUAAUGCUCUUCACGAAAUCUACGAGCACGGAUUAUCGGGACUUGCAGAGUUAGAGACUUUAGAUUUGACUCAUAAUCGAUUAGUAGCCUUGCCAGCUGCUCUGUUCAAAAAUUGUUGUCGAAAUUUGAGGACUUUACGUUUAAGAAAUAAUUCGUUAUCUGUAUUGACCCCGAGUAUUUUCGACGCUUUGCUUGGUUUGGAUGAAUUGGAUUUGAGUUUUAAUUAUUUUACGACGACUUGGAUCAAUGGAUUCAUUUUUGCUCGUUUAACCGAGCUUCGGGUAAUGCUUUUGGCGAAUAACUCCCUUCAGCGGAUUGAUGAGUUUUUGUUUUAUGACCUGAAAAAGUUGGAAACGCUUGAGCUGCAGAAUAAUGAGAUAAAUGUCGUUCAUGAAAAGGCAUUUCAACAUACAACAGCUUUGAAAUAUUUGAAUUUUGGCUUUAAUCGACUGCGAUCUUUGAAUGGUAUGGGAUUCCCGAAUGGAAGUGCCUUAUUGCAAGUGUCGUUUUCGUCGAAUAGCAUUACCAAUGUCGAUCAAAAGUUCUUUCGGGAGCUGAAAAAUUUGGAAGAUUUGAAUUUGUCGAAUAAUUUGCUCACGGAAUUACCUUCGGGUUUGGGAUUUUUGACACAAUUGAAGUCGCUUGAUUUAGGUAAGAAUAAUAUUCACACGUUAGAUGGCAAAAAAUUCAUCGGAUUGGAGAGAUUACUCGGCUUGCGGAUGGUUGACAAUUAUUUAACGAAUUUGUCGCAUUCUGCCUUGCAGCAUUUACCGUCGUUGCAAAUACUGAAUUUGGCUUCGAACCAUCUCAAACACAUCGAUAAGCAAACAUUUCUUCGCAACACGCAAAUUCACGUGAUACGCCUGAACAAUAAUCGAUUAGAAGUGCUCCCAUCCGGCAUUUUUCGGCACUUGCGUAUGCUGAUGUGGCUCGAUAUCGGUUUUAAUCAUCUUACCGAAUACAAUUUUCACCAAAAUGCUCCCCCCACGCUGCAAGAACUCAAUUUGCAGAGUAAUCGUCUCACACAUGUGCAUGCGUUCGUGCAUUUACCGAAGAAUUUGAUAAUUAAUUUAAAGGAUAAUAGAUUGGAAAGAAUCGAACGGAAUGCCGUACGCAUAACGAAUGAGACGAACGAGGUACGUGACACGGGCGGAGAGAAAAUUAAAUUAUAUCUUCAGGGCAAUCCUUUGAUAUGUGACUGCCAUACGCAAUGGUUGCGCGAUGCAAAUUAUGACAUAACGACACCGCAAAUUCUCGACAUCCAAAAUGUCUCGUGCAUCAUAAAGCGUCAACUGCGACAACGAGAGGAGAAUUUAAUGUCCAUCGUGGAUCGGUAUCACACGAAAUUCCUUUGCGAAUAUGCCUCGCAUUGCACCCGGCAAUGUUAUUGUUGUGAAUUUGAUGCUUGUGAUUGUAAAUUUACCUGCCCUCCGCGCUGCGAAUGCUUUCACGACGAGCUGUGGCAACUUAACAUCGUCGAUUGUGGUCGCGCCGAGUAUUUCGAUGUCCCGAAACACCUUCCCAUGGAUGCUACUGACAUCUAUCUCGAUGGCAACGACAUGGGAAUGUUAGGCGAACAUCUUUUCAUCGGAAAAAAGAACUUGGAAGUACUUUUCUUGAACACAUCUCAAAUCACAGGCAUCAAUAAUCGAACAUUUGUGGGCGCAAACAAGCUGAAAAAACUCUAUUUACAAAAUAAUUUCAUUAAAACCAUUGAAAAUGCGAUGUUUGAAACUCUCGAACACUUACGUGAGCUCUAUCUCGAGAGCAAUUUAAUAGAAUCCAUACCCGAUGAACGAAUUUUCCUGAAUCACUCACAUCUCCGUAUCAUUAAUCUCAGUAGUAAUCAAUUAAAACGCCUGGAUUUCAUAAAUCGUCUUCCUCCGUCGACUAUUUUGGCAUCUGCCUUCUUCAAGGAUAAUCCGUACGAUUGUACGACCUGCGUUGAUACAAGUUCAAGCCAUACCGAUAUCCGUCGCAUAAUUAAGUUACUCCGCAAAAUUUGUCCGAUGACGAAAUGUGAGUAUAUAUUACCGCCAACUAAUUUAUUAUUACCAUCGUCGUCGUCGUCGUCGCAGCAUACUGAGAUGCAAAUAACCUCUACGGACGUGUUCAAACGGGAGUAUUUGCAGUUGUGGGCAGGGAUAUUGGUUGCCAUCAUCGGGACAACGUUCUUGUUGGCUCUUGCAUGCAAUUUUCGGGCAAAUGUCGUCCUUUAUUUGUACAAAAGACACAAAAUACGGGUUUAUGCGGACCCUACUGUACGCUUAGAUGUGCACAAAAGCUGCGAUGCGACAAUUUUAUUCAAUACGCGUGACUCGGAAUUCAUUUAUCGCAUUCUCAGUGUUCAACUUGAAAAUCGGGGCUUCGAUUUGGAGUAUCAAAAUAAUGUUUUGGGACCGGCGGAAAACGAUAUUCAAGUUAUUGACACAUUUGUAGCGUGUGCAGAGACAAGUAGACGUAUUAUCCUCAUCUUAUCCGCGAAUUUCCUCAAUACCGAAUAUCGGAACAAGACAUUCCAAACUGCCUUAAAAAAUUAUUUGUACAGACUUGAUGUGCGUUUACGUCCUUAUCGCUUAAUUUUAGUGCUUUCCGUCCCCUUGGAGAUUCUCCUUGUCGACCCCGUGCUCGAAGAGAUGAUUCGAACUUGUACAGUUUUGUUUUGGGGUGAGACCCAAUUUUGGGAAAAACUGAAUUUUGCAAUGCCUGAUGCCACAGGAAGAAUUGGGAGAACUCACAAAUCGCCUGUGUCGCGGAAAAUGUUGAUGCAAGUCUCGAACAAUGGGACACCAACCACAAUGACAAAAGCGAAAAAUGCAAUAACCAACACAACGACAGUCGAUAUUAUGCCACAAAUGAUGCCGAAAACAACAAAUGCAGCGCCGCCCGAUAAUGAGACCGACGAUAAUUUAUCAUUUUCAGGAUUAUCUCAGACGCAAUCGUAUAAAUUUUAUAAUGCACAAACGUACGUGAACAAGGCAACGGGACACAUUUACACGACAAUAGAUUCGGCAGCGACGGAAUCACAAGUAAUUAAAGCAAAUAAUAUCUCCGAUAUGACAAGUAAUAAUAAUGGAUUGGAAGUUGCUGCCUCGAACAAAGGCAGUAACGGUGCAACUUGCAUCAGAGAUAUCGCAAUGAAUGGCAAAGCUUAUUAUGUCUAA